GCUGAGGCGCCGACGGCUUCCGGGUUGUGUUGGCUGCCGAGCUCGCGAGCCAGCUCAGGCCGGGCGCAGGGGGGCGGGGGCGGCUGUCGCUUUUAGAGAAAAGGGUGGUCGCGGGCAGAGGGGAGAGAGCCUGCUUGGCGCCAACAUGGCCUGCGCGCUCGUGCCUUUCUGCAGCUUCCAGGACCUGGAGUCGGCGCGGGAUUUCCUGUGUUCGCACCUUCGCCAGGGGGGCGUCGGCGGUGGCGGUGGCGUAGCGGGGGGCGCCAAGGAAAGCGGCGGAGGUAAACCAGCAAACUGGGAAGAAGAUGGUUGGGGAGCGUGGGAUGAACCAGAAACACAAGGACCUGAGGAGGAGGAAGAAUCAACUUCUAAGACUCAGGCAAAUUCCUGGCUUCAGGACUGUGUCUUAUCCUUGUCGCCAACAAAUGAUCUCAUGGCAAUAGCUCGUGAGCAGAAAGCUGUGUUUUUUGUGCCAAAAUGGAAGCACAGUGAAAAAGGGAAAGAAGAAAUGCAGUUUGCUGUUGGCUGGAGUGGCUCUUUGAAUGUUGAAGAAGGUGAAUGUGUGAGCAGUGUAUUGUGCAUCCCACUGGCAAGUCAAAAGAGGAGCUCAACAGGACGACCUGACUGGACCUGUAUUGUUGUGGGCUUCACCUCUGGCUACGUUCGCUUCUACACAGAGAAUGGAGUACUUCUGCUGGCACAGCUUUUGAACGAAGAUCCUGUCAUGCAGCUUAAAUGCCGAACUUACGAGAUUCCACGACACCCUGGAGUUACAGAGCAGAACGAGGAACUGAGCAUCCUGUAUCCUGCAGCAGUUGUGACAAUUGAUGGUUUCAGCCUUUUUCAGUCCCUCCGUGCUUGUCGAAACCAAGUAGCAAGAGCUGCAGCUUCAGGCAAUGAGAACGUUCAGCCACCACCUUUGGCCUAUAAGAAAUGGGGUCUGCAGGAUGUGGAUACUAUAGUUGAUCAUGUUAGUGUUGGUAUCAUGACUCUUUCGCCUUUUGACCAAAUGAAGACUGCCUCCAAUAUUGGUGGAUUUAAUGCAGCCAUAAAGAAUAACCCUCCUGCUAUGUCUCAGUACAUCACCGUAGGGUCAAAUCCUUUUACAGGUUUCUUUUAUGCGCUUGAGGGUAGUUCACAGCCGCUGUUGUCUCAUGUUGCUUUAGCAGUUGCGAGUAAGCUGACAUCUGCAUUAUUUAAUGCUGCCAGUGGUUGGCUUGGGUGGAAACAUAAGCAGGAGGAAGAGCCUGCGCAGAAGCAGAAACCCAAGGUUGAGCCUGCAACUCCUUUAGCUGUAAGGUUUGGAAUUCCAGAUUCUCGUCGCCAUGGAGAAAGGAUAUGUCUGUCUCCUUGUAACUCUUUGGCAGCAGUAACUGAUGAUUUUGGAAGGGUUCUUCUUUUGGAUGUCGCAAGAGGGCUUGCUGUUCGUAUGUGGAAAGGCUACCGUGAUGCACAGAUUGGAUGGAUUCAGAUUGUGGAAGACCUACACGAAAGAGAAGCUGAAAAGAUGGAUUUUUCUCCUUUUGGCACGCCUCAGGGGCCAAGCAGAGUUGCUCAGUUCCUUGUGAUUUAUGCUCCCAGGAGAGGCAUUUUGGAAGUGUGGAGCACACAACAAGGUCCACGGGUUGGAGCCUUCAAUGUAGGAAAACACUGCAGGUUGCUGUAUCCUGGUUAUAAAAUAAUGGGCCUGAACAAUGUAACAAGUCAGGGUUGGCAGCCUCAGACUUACCAGAUCUGUCUUGUUGAUCCAAUGUCAGGAACAGUAAAAACUGUUCAUGUCCCUUUUCAUUUAGCUCUGAGCGAUAAGAAGAGUGAGCGAGCAAAGGAUAUGCAUCUAGUGAAGAAGUUGACUGCCUUGCUGAAAGCUAAAACGUUAAAUCUGGACGUGGUUGAGGCUGAAGUGAAGGGAUUAAUUCUUGAUAUUAAAUAUCCCGCUACUAAAAAACAGGCACUGGAAAGCAUUCUUGCAAACGAGCGAUUGCCACUGUCUUCUUUGACAAGCAUAGCGCAAACGUUAAUGGAUACCUUAAAAAGUCAGGAGAUGGAGUGUAUCGAUGAAGGGCUGUUACAGUUCUGUGCAAACAAACUGAAACUAAUGCGCCUUCAUGAGUCAGUCAGCAAGCUAAAUUCUCUGACUGUGCCGUGUGAGAUUGUGCCAUCUAAUAACGACUUGGCUAAAUUACUCCGAUUAGAUGAACAAGAGUUUACUAGACUGCAGAUGUUACUGGAGAACUACAAGCAGCAGAACACUCAACCUUCGGUUCAUUUUGCGGACGACAAAGAUGGCGUAUUGCCCGUGAAAACCUUCUUGGAGUAUAUGGAUUAUGAAAAGGAUGUGAUUAAUGUGAAGAAGCUGGACGAGAGAGAAUAUGUGGCUUUAGGAAGCUUUUUUUUCUGGAAGUGUUUACAUGGAGAAAGUUCCACAGAAGAAAUGUGCCAGACACUAGAGGCUGCAGGAUUUAGCCCCCAGCUAUUAUUGUCCCUGCUUCUCAGUGUGUGGCUUUCUAAGGAAAAGGAUAUUCUUCAUAGAACGCAAUCAAUUUGCUGCCUUCAUGCUGCACUCUCCCUCCUGAGCAAAAUGACAGUCGCUAUAGAUGAGACUUGGGAUUCCCAGUCCGUUUCCCCCUGGUGGCAGCAGAUGCGCACAGCGUGUAUUCAGUCUGAGAACAACGGAGCCGCUUUGCUAUCUGCUCAUGUCGGGCAUUGUGUAACAGCACAGAUAACAGAUAGCAUAGCGGAGAAAAAAUUUUCCCAUAUCACAGUAGGUGCCGAUACGGACCCUUGGGAAGCACUCUCCCUCGAUACCGAAUACUGGAAACUUCUGCUAAAACAGUUAGAGGAUUGCCUGAUUCUCCAGACACUCCUUCACAGUAAAGUGAACAAGAAGACAAGCCAAGUCUCCGCUCUGCAAACUGAGCCUCUUGGCAGACUCUCUGUGAAGAAGCUGCUGGAAGGAGGAAAAGGAGGCAUUGCUGACAGCGUAGCAAAAUGGGUUUUCAAGCAGGACCUCAGUCUGCCAUUACUUAGGCUGGGGAGGCAGAGAGAAGAAUCAGAAAACAAAGAGGAAAUGCCACAAACAGACAGCAGUUUUCUAGAGGAGGCCGCUGAAGACCAGAAAGGCUUGGAAACCAUAUUAGAAUUACUGCAUCUAGCAUAUCAGGAGUUUCCUUGUAGCCUGGAGGCGGAUGUGCUGCAUGCACAUUGCUGUUGGGAGUAUGUUGUGCAGUGGAACAAGGACCCAGAGGAAGCACGUUUUCUCAUCAGGUCUAUAGAACAUCUCAGAUGCAUCAAUAAUGCUCAUGUUCAGUAUGGAAUUGCUCUGAUGAUGUGGAACACAUUCAUCGUGAAAAGACUUUCUGCUGCUACCUAUUUAAUGGACAAGGUUGGAAAAGCACCAAAAGACAGAUUAUGCAGACGGGAUGUGGGGAUGAGUGACAUGGCAAUGACAUCUUUUCUUGGGUCUUGCUCAGAUCUUCUUCAGACACUAAUGGAGGCUGAUAUAGGGAGUGAUGAAAUGCAGCUUCCUGUGCUGGACACGGAAGACGCCUGGGUGUCAGUCGAAGGGCAGACCUCCCUUGUGGAACUAGCCCUUGAGCAGAAGCACAUCCAUUACCCCCUCGUGGAGCACCAGUCUGUGCUCUGUAGUAUCUUGUAUGCAAUCAUGAAAUUUUCGCUGAAGAGUGUGAAGCCCCUCUCCCUGUUUGACAGCAAGGGUAAAAAUGCCUUUUUCAAAGACCUUACUUCAAUCCAGUUGUUGCCCAGUGGCGAUGUGGAUCCAGCUCUGCUGUCUAUACGUCAUCAAUUCUUAACCAAACUGGUGAGUGCCGUGGCGCAAGCCCAGUCUUCAUCUCAGAAAACAAAAGACAGCCCCGAAGAGUUAGUCGCCGUGUCUGUGAAAGAUAGAGAUUGGCCAGCCUUGGCUUUGGAUUUGGCUCAGCACCUUCAGGUCGCAGAGGAUAUAAUUAGGCGGCACUAUGUGUGUGAGCUGUACAACUAUGGCCUUGAUCACCUUGGAGAAGAGGCUAUUCUUCAAGUACACGACAAAGAAGUCCUUGCAUCUCAGCUGUUGGUGCUGACCGGACAGAGGCUUGCCUACGCCUUACUGCACACCCAGACCAAGGAAGGCAUGGAGCUACUGGCCAGGCUGCCUCCAACACUCUGCACAUGGCUUAAAGCUAUGGACCCACAGGAUCUUCAAAAUGUCGAUGUGCCAAUCACCACAACCGCAAAGCUAGUAGACAAAGUGAUAGAACACUUACCGGAAAAUCACGGGCAGUACAGUGUUGCCUUGAAUCUAAUUGAGGCGGUAGAAGCAAUGUCAUGAUGGCAAGGUCACAAUUUCUGCUGCUAGUUUUGAACCGUUCUUACGUACAAGUCCAGUGCAUGGCUCUUGUACGUACAGAUGCAGAACCAAAUGGUUU